UUCUGCCUGGACGAUGCAGCAGUAGUUAUUGGGGCUGUUCUAUGUAGUUUAAUUGGCAGAGUAAUUUAAGCACUCAAAUUUGGCACCUCCAGACAAAUCCCUCAUCACUCACCAAGAAUCUAUUAAUGGCUUCUCUUCUCUUCCCUUCUCUCUAACGUAGAAAUAUUGAAAGCAAAUAUAUUCCAAAGAGCCGUGCCGUAUCACUCGUCAUCUCUGCCUUUCUUUUCUUCUUUUCAUUUGGUGAUAGAUAACCAAGGCAAGAGUGCUGAAUGGGGGCGUCUUCAACCUUCGGAUUAACCUGCUUUAUUGACUUCCGUCUCUGAGGAUUUGACAGAAAGAAGGCAAUCAAAUCAUGUCGAAAGGAAAGGAGAGGGUGACUGAAGAAUCAGACGAACAGGAUAAAGAAGACGAUGGUGAAGAUGUGACGAGUCAUCAGAAAGGUAUUGCUGUUUAUGAUUGUUCCAAAAAUGGAUAUUGGGUCGAUUUUGGGAGCCCACAAUCAACAAAAGUCAACAGCCAGAAGAGCAAAAAAAGAAGUAUUUUGUUAUGCACCGACCAUCAGGACUGGCUUGAACUUGGAUCUUCCGGCAGUUCUUCCGGUGAAUCGGAGAAACCCCAGGAUGCAGAUUACUCCACUUACAUUCCUUCUCUCAGUUAUGAGUUAGAGGGUUUGAUCUUAGCUAGAUUUCCCAGAUCGGAAUUCUGGAAAAUAUCAUUUGUCAAUAAGCGGUUUGCCGGCGUGGUGAAGUCCGGCGAAAUUUUCAAAAUCCGGCGAGAAAUUGGGUUCAAGGAGCCAUUAGUUUUCAUGCUGGCGAGUGGGGAGAGUUGUUGGUGGGCGUUUGAUCAAGGGUUCAGUUCUCGUAGAAGGCUUCCGGUUCUUCCAUCUGAUAUGUGUUUCACUUCAGGAGAUAAAGAAUCUCUUUGUGCUGGAACUCAUUUACUCGUUUCAGGAAGAGAGAUUGAAGGUAUCAUGAUUUGGAGAUACGAAUUAUCGAUGAAUAAAUGGUACAAAGGCCCUUCGAUGAUCAAUCCGAGGUGCUUGUUUGCCUCUGCGACUUGUGGGACUUCCGCUUUUGUAGCGGGCGGGAUCGCGGUGGUUGGAGGCGGAAUGAGUGGGACCCAGGUCGUACAUAAUACUGUUGAGAGAUACGACCCAGAAACCCGCUCGUGGACCCUGCUUCCGAGAAUGAAGAAGCCGCGGAAGCUCUGCUCCGGGUGCUAUAUGGAUAAUCGGUUUUACGUGAUCGGUGGAAGGAAUGAUGACGGUGAACUAACAUGUGGAGAGUUUUUCGACCCGGAAAGAAACCAAUGGACGGUAAUUACGGGAAUGUUAAAAGACAAUCCUGUCCUUAGUUGUCACUCGCCUCCGUUAAUUGCGGUGGUUAACAACGAGCUUUACUCGAUUGAAGCUUCUUCGAAUCAGUUGAAAGUUUACUUAAAGAACAGCAACAGUUGGAAGCAGUUGGGUUCAGUUCCGGUGCGAGCUGACUACAAUCGAGGUUGGGGCGUGGCUUUCAAGUCGUUUGGUGACGAGUUACUCGUGAUCGGUGCAUCAACGGUCUCGAGCUCGAUGGCUAUAUACACAUGUAGGCCCGAACCGCAAUCCGAUGGCUUGCCUGAAUGGAAGUUACUUGAUAACGGCAAGAUUCAACUCAGCCAUUUUAUCAUGAAUUGUUCUGUGAUGGUAGCUUGAGAAGAGUUGUGUGAUCAGUAUCUAAAUAAAAAGUACCAGUUGACUUUUAAAGUCAAACAUGAUUGUAUUUUGGUACCCUUUUCUUUCCCUUUGUAACGGGGCUUCACGUUUUUAGUGUACACAACACAAGUGUUCUUUUUAA